AUGGAUCCCGGAGCCGGGCCAGACUCAUCUCUGACUGUCAAUGAGCAGGUCAUCGUGAUGUCAGGCCAUGAGACCAUCCGAGUUUUGGAGGUUGGAGUGGAUGCCCAGAUCCCUGCUGAGGAGGAGGGCAAAGCACUGGAAGGUGCGGCCGCCGAGGGCUCCCAGAGCGGAGGCCCCACCAAAGCCGGUGAAGCUGCUGGUGAAGCUGGGCCAGACAACCCAGACUCCUCCGCAGAGGCAACUGUGAAGUCACUCCCGGGGAUGCCUCCGAGCCCUGCCCCUGCCGUUGCCACCUUCAGCCAAGCCCCAUGCCAGCCUCAGGCAUCGCAGACCCUGACGCCACUGGCUGUACAAGCUGCCCCCCAGGUCUUGACUCAGGAAAACUUAGCCACAGUUCUGACAGGAGUUAUGGUUCCAGCAGGGGCAGUUACUCAACCUCUUCUUAUCCCCAUCAGUAUUGCAGGUCAAGUGGCUGGUCAGCAGGGGCUGGCCGUGUGGACAAUUCCUACAGCAACCGUGGCUGCCCUCCCAGGACUGACCUCUGCUUCUCCCACGGGGGGAGUUUUCAAGCCACCUUUAGCUGGUCUCCAAGCAGCUGCCGUGCUGAAUGCCGCUCUCCCGGCACCUGUACAAGCUGCCCCACCGGCCCAGGCCUCCUCGCCCACCCGGCCCCGACCGCCAGCCCAGCCCCAGACGCUGAUCCAGACCCAGCCGCUGCUGCAGACCACACCUGCCAUUCUGCCGCAGCCCACUGCUGCCACCGCGACUGCCCCCACCCCCAAGCCAGUGGACAGCCCCCCACAGAUCACCGUUCAGCCUGCAGGCUUCGCGUUUAGCCCAGGAAUCAUCAGUGCUGCUUCCCUCGGGGGACAGACCCAGAUCCUGGGCUCCCUCACUGCAACUCCGGUCAUUGCCAACGCCGUUCCCAGCAUGCCGGGGAUCAGCAGUCAGAUUCUCACCAACGCUCAGGGACAGGUUAUUGGAACACUUCCAUGGGUAGUGAACUCGGCUAGCAUGGCGGCCCCAGCACCAGCCCAAAGCCUGCAGGUCCAGGCUGUGACCCCCCAGCUGUUGUUGAACGCCCAGGGCCAGGUGAUCGCAGCCCUGGCCAGCAGCCCCCUGCCUUCUCCCGUGGCUAUCCGGAAGCCAAGCACUCCUGAGUCCCCUGCUAAGAGUGAGGUGCAGUCCAUCCAGCCCCCGGCAGCUAUGCCCCAGCCAGCUGUGGUCAUUGCCAGCCCAGCCCCAGCGGCCAAGCCAUCUGCCUCUGCUCCCAUCCCAAUCACCUGCUCAGAGACCCCUACUGUCAGCCAGCUGGUGUCCAAGCCACAUACCCCGAGUCUGGAUGAGGACGGGAUCAACUUAGAAGAGAUCCGGGAGUUUGCCAAGAACUUUAAGAUCCGGCGGCUAUCCCUGGGACUCACACAGACCCAGGUGGGUCAGGCUCUGACCGCGACAGAAGGCCCGGCCUACAGCCAGUCAGCCAUCUGCCGGUUUGAGAAGCUGGACAUCACGCCCAAGAGCGCGCAGAAGCUGAAGCCAGUGCUGGAGAAGUGGCUGAAUGAAGCCGAACUCCGGAACCAGGAAGGCCAGCAGAACCUGAUGGAAUUUGUGGGAGGCGAGCCCUCCAAGAAACGCAAGCGCCGCACCUCCUUUACCCCCCAGGCCAUAGAGGCUCUUAACGCCUACUUUGAGAAGAACCCGCUGCCCACAGGCCAGGAGAUCACCGAGAUUGCUAAGGAGCUUAACUACGACCGGGAGGUCGUGCGGGUCUGGUUCUGCAACCGGCGCCAGACGCUCAAGAACACCAGCAAGCUGAAUGUCUUUCAGAUCCCUUAGGGCUGAGCCCCCAGCCCUGUGUUCCAGCACU